AUGCAAAACCAAAGCUUUGUAACUGAGUUUGUCCUCCUGGGACUUUCACAGAAUCCAAAUGUUCAGGAAAUAGUAUUUGUUGUAUUUUUGUUUGUCUACAUUGCAACUGUUGGGGGCAACAUGCUAAUUGUAGUAACCAUUCUCAGCAGCCCUGCUCUUCUGGUGUCUCCUAUGUACUUCUUGGGCUUCCUGUCCUUCCUGGAUGCGUGCUUCUCAUCUGUCAUCACCCCAAAGAUGAUUGUAGACUCCCUCUAUGUGACAAAAACCAUCUCUUUUGAAGGCUGCAUGAUGCAGCUCUUUGCUGAACACUUCUUUGCUGGGGUGGAGGUGAUUGUCCUCACAGCCAUGGCCUAUGAUCGCUAUGUGGCCAUUUGCAAGCCCUUGCAUUACUCUUCUAUCAUGAACAGGAGGCUCUGUGGCAUUCUGAUGGGGGUAGCCUGGACAGGGGGCCUCUUGCAUUCCAUGAUACAAAUUCUUUUUACUUUCCAGCUUCCCUUUUGUGGCCCCAAUGUCAUCAAUCACUUUAUGUGUGACUUGUACCCAUUACUGGAGCUUGCCUGCACUGAUACUCACAUCUUUGGCCUCAUGGUGGUCAUCAACAGUGGGUUUAUCUGCAUCAUAAACUUCUCCUUGUUGCUUGUCUCCUAUGCUGUCAUCUUGCUCUCUCUGAGAACACACAGUUCUGAAGGGCGCUGGAAAGCUCUCUCCACCUGUGGAUCUCACAUUGCUGUUGUGAUUUUGUUCUUUGUCCCAUGCAUAUUUGUAUAUACACGACCUCCAUCUGCUUUUUCCCUUGACAAAAUGGCGGCAAUAUUUUAUACCAUCUUAACUCCCUUGCUCAAUCCUUUGAUUUACACUUUCAGGAAUAAGGAAGUAAAACAGGCCAUGAGGAGAAUAUGGAACAGACUGAUGGUGGUUUCUGAUGAGAAAGAAAAUAUUAAACUUAAAAAAAUCCAAAGUUAA